AUGGGCUUCUUCAAGUUGGAGAAGAUUGGCAAGAAGCAGGAACAUGGCACACCAGCAGAGACUGUCGGUCCUGUCGGCCCACAGCACAGCCAUACGACCUCAAUGGGCUCAGGAAUGUUCCCAUAUCCCAACGCUGGAGGUCUUGGAACCAACCCUUUCGGCUCAGCAGCAACCAGUAACAAUGGAUCAAGAUCAGUCUCACCGGACACUGCGAGAGAGCAGUGGAAGGAGAGGCAAUCAGCUAUCGGCCUCGUCAAGAACCAAGUCAUGAUCAAUUAUCUCUUCCAGCAACAGUCGAACAAUGGCUGGCGGUCAGAAAAGUGCGGAUCGCACGAGGGUGUCAUGCUCCGAGUGACCCGCGAGACCUACCUCAGUCACCCACCGGAGAUGAUCGAUACACCUCUUGCUGAUUCAUUACGAUCACUGAACGUGCAAUCCGCCAUGACCAUCUACUCUCCAGUCAUAAAGUCAUACCUCGACAACUUCCCCAACUCGACAGAACUACCACUUCUCAAUGGCCUCGCUGUCCAGAUCAGCAAGAACAUCGAAACCCUUGCCACUGCAAGAACACAUCAGUUCGCCGCCGUGGUCGCCUCAGAGUCAUUACUGAUCGUAUGGGACGAUGACGCCGUGAACAUGUUGUCACGAGCCAAGACAAUCGAAUGGGAGCUGAUGCAGCUGCUAUGGAACAGCAAUCCCUUCGAGGAGGCUAAGCGUGGCUCGCGCUUCAACUCCAAAAUUGACCUCGCCCUCAACGAGAAGGAAGUCGGCAGCGACGAUUCUGAGAUUGACGUCGAGAACGAAGGCAUCAAACCUCGCCCCACUAUCUUCAUCAACACAGUGCUUGUCUCCAUCUCACUAGCAUGUAUUAUCGCUACUCUUGGUCUCGGUCUCCGCCAACUCGUAAUCGAGCUUCUGAUUGACAGCGGUGCCGCCACACAGCAAGGUUCGCCCUACAUUCGAUUCGCCUUCCUUGCCCUCACACCCGUCUGGAUGUUCUUCGGCAUGUUCUUCUUCAACGUGCUUGUCACCAACAUCGCCGAGAUCAUCGGUCCCAUCGCACAGAUGAACAUCAACAGCAAGCACUACUCCGCGAAGACCGUCCCUCGACUCACUCGCAAUCUGCCUCACGUUACUAUUCAAUGCCCUGUGUACAAGGAGUCACUGGAGGAAGUCAUUCAGCCCACUAUCGUCUCGAUCAAGAAAGCCAUCUCCACAUACGAACUCCAGGGUGGCAGUGCCAACAUCUUCGUCAACGACGACGGUCUCCAGCUCAUUUCCGACGAAGAACGCGAGCAACGCAUCGGCUUCUACGCAGACAACAACAUCGGCUGGGUUGCACGCCCAGGACAUGGCGUAAACGGCUUCUUCCGCAAGGGUAAAUUCAAGAAAGCCUCCAACAUGAACUUCGCCAUGGACAUCUCCUGCAAGCUCGAAGACAAGCUCCUGGAACUCGAGCGUGGCGAUCACUGGACCUCAACUGACGAAGCCGAGGCCACGGCUUGGGCUCUUGACGAAGUUGUCAAAGAAGGCGGCGAAAUCGCCUGGGCUGACGGCAACGUCCGCAUUGGAGACUACAUCCUCAUCAUCGACUCCGAUACCCGGGUCCCUGUCGACUGCCUGCUCGACGCCGUCAGUGAGCUCGAGAUCUCCCCCGAAGUCGCCAUUCUGCAAUUCAGCUCCGGCGUCAUGAACGUCACCACUUCCUACUUCGAAAAGGGCAUCACCUUCUUCACCAACCUCGUCUACUCCGCCAUCCGCUACGGUGUCUCUAACGGCGACGUCGCCCCCUUCGUCGGCCACAACGCCAUCCUCCGCUGGUCCGCCCUGCAAGACGUCGCCGAGAUCGAGGACGGCCACAUCAAAUUCUGGUCCGAGUCCCACGUGUCUGAAGACUUCGACAUGGCCCUCCGCCUCCAGAUCAAAGGCUACAUCACCCGCCUAGCAGCCUGGGCCAACGACGGCUUCCAAGAAGGUGUCUCCCUCACCGUCUACGACGAGCUCGCCCGCUGGCAAAAGUACGCCUACGGCUGCAACGAACUCAUGUUCCACCCCAUCCGAUUCUGGUUUGUCCGCGGACCCUUCACUCCCCUCUUCCGCCGCUUCCUGGGCUCCAACAUGCCCGUAGCAUCCAAAGUGAACAUCAUCUCCUACAUCGGCACGUACUACGCCAUUGGCGCCGCCUGGAUCAUGACCGUGGUCAACUACAUCAUCAUCGGCUGGUACAAGGGGUAUAUCGACAAGUACUACGUUAACUCGUGGAACAUCUGGAUCACGCUGGUCAUUGUAUUCAAUGGUCUCGGUAAUGUUGCGCUCGCUGUGCUUCGCUAUCGCAAUGGGGAGAAGGCGUUCAUGAGUGCGUUGAUCGAGAACUUCAAAUGGCUGUUCCUGCUGUUCAUCUUCUUGGGAGGUAUCUCUAUCCACGUUUCCGAGGCGCUGCUUGCUCAUAUGUUCGAGAUCAACAUGACAUGGGGCGCCACCGCCAAAACGCUCGAAUUCACAAACUUCUUCAUCGAAGUACCCCGGACCCUGAAGAACUUCUGGUUCAGCUUCACCUUCUGCAUCGUCUGCACCGCGGGCAUGGUCAUCCUGGGUGCGACGGAUCUGGUGCCGCACUCGUGGGAUAUCAAGCAAUUGGAGGCGGUGAUUCCGAUGGCGAGUCUGAUCAUCAGCCAUUUCUUGCUGCCGUUGGCGCUGAAUCCGGGUUGA